UCCUGUUUCUGGUCUCUGUAUCUGAGAAACGAAAGUGAAAGAGUGACAUAAGAAGUGAAGGGUUCACCUUUCUGUGUCAGCUGAAGUCCCGCUGAUUUAACGGAACUAAACUAAACUUUUAUUAACAUGAUUAAUCGACUUUAAUCGAUUUAAAAGUCCUUUUAAAGACUGACUUUGUCUUCUCGAGUUUCAGCGUGUUUCCCUCACUGCACAGAAAUGGCUCAGUUGGAGGGAUAUGUUGAGGGGAUUGAAGCCUAUGACAAACAUUACGAGUGGCAGCUAUUUGCUGACAACCAGUGGCUGAAAAUCGACCACGACCAUGUGAUCGAGAGACACUACUGCCAACCUGGAGCUAAAGGAAUCACCAUCAACACCAGGCAGGGGAAAGUCAAUAUCGACUUUGAUAAGCUGCAGACGCUGAACCCCGCUGUGAAGGUGCAGCGGCUGAGCUUCCUCCAUGAGGGUCAGAGUGAGGACAUAGGCUGGUACUUCAGAGAUGACACGCUGUGGCGUGAAUAUGGAUCUCAGAGCUCCAAUGCGAUGGCGUCCUCCAUCAUGAGCCGAGAUGUGGAGCGUCAGUUCACUCUGAACUGUCGGGGAACCUUCAACUUCACCGUGGGAUCGACGAGCUACUCCCUCGACUUCUCCUCCAUGACUCAAACAAACUGCACCACAGGCCUGAAGAGGAAGGUUCGCAGACGUCCUAAAUUCAACUUUAGAGGCCUGACCUCCCCCUCCAUCUCCACCUCUGUGGCCAACAGUCUGUCUUUAUCAAAGCUAAACCUCUCUGGUGGGAGCUACAAGUGGGAGUUUACGACAGACGAUGGAAGCUGGGCAGAAUACCAAGAGCAUAUCUGUGCGUUCGGCAGCUCAGACUUAGAGACGCAGUACCAGAAGAAUCCUCAGGGCCAGCUUCAGUUCAGGAUCAACGGUUUCAACUACACUCUGGAUCUUCAAAAUAUGUGUCAAACCAACCACAACACCGGGAAGAUAAGAGCCGUGAGGAGGACUGGGAACAAUGGGAGUCAACAGAACAGUUCUUCACCACGGUGGCAGUUUCUAGACAUUGGUGGAGUAUGGAGAGACUACACUAAAGGUCCUCGUCAGAGCAGCGUCUCCAGUCAGGAUAUCGAACUCCAGUACCAACAAAACCCGGCGGGCACCAUGGCGUUCACCGCCACUCGAUUCAACUACGUGCUGAACUUCCUUGCAAUGAGUCAGACAAACCUGACCACGAACACCUCCAGACAAGUGCAAAGGCUGAACCAGUGACCGUGGGAGAAGAAGAAUGAUGUGGUGAUGUCGUUCACAAGCUGCCAUUCUGAUUGGACGACUUCUCUGAUUGGAUGCUUUAAUUUAUUUUGAACUUUUACUCAGGGUGUCAUUACACUUUGACCUUCAGAAAGCCCUUCCCUGUUUGUUGUGAGUGAACUUAGUUUUCAAAUGUUUAAAGUUUAAAGUGUCAUCCAGUGUCAACAUGUUUACCUGGUCGGUCACUCAGUAAUAAGGGUUGGUAAGGACGAGGUAGAGUUUAGUUUACAUAUUUUACAUAUCAAAUCUGUUUACAGGACUCAGGGUUGUCUAUUCAUUCAAGAACUUAUAAGAAUAAAGUCAUAUAAAUCUCA